UAUGUUUAGUUGAUUCGAUAAGUAUCUCAAUUGUUGCCGAGAGUUUAAAACAUAUUGGCCAUUCACAAACAUUAAGUAAUCCUAUACUUGGUCAACAAACAACUGAUCCAUUUGAUCGUAUGAUAAGUGUACCUCAAAUUAUUGAUUAUCUACUACAAUUGUUUAAUCAUACAAGAACUUUGUAUGGAUUAAAUAAUCAUAAUCAAAAAUCUUCAACUGAUAGUUCUUGCGGGCAUAAUUCUGGAGCUGAUGCAGAUAAUUUGAAAAUAAAUGAACCAUGUCUAAAUAAUAUUCAUGGUUCUAAUUACAACCUAAAGGAUCAUAUUAAUGAACCCUAUUCAACACUGCCAGGUUCACGACCUUCCGAUUGUGAAUUAAAAUCCAGUACAAUAGAAUCACAAAAUCAUUCAAGAAAUUGUAUGGGAAGUUUUCUACGUUCAUCUUCAACAACACGUCCAAAUAAAUCAAUAUUAUUUUCUUCACCAUCAACUGAACCUGAAAACAGUAGAAAAUUGACUAAAACUCCUGUUCGUGAUCCAGGAUGUCAUACAAUAGAAAAUGAAAAUACAUUAAGUGAGGAUAAUCGAAGUUCUAGUCUACCUGUAUGCACAAUCAUGCAAGUUAACAAUUAUAAUAACAAUAAAGAUAUGAAUAGUGUUAAUCGUGGUCGACGAAAUACAAUGAGACGUAGAAAGCAUUAUUUAAUUGGUUCAAUUAAACGUCCGGUGAAUGUAUGCGUUGAUCUUAUAUUGAAUUGGUUAUUAAAUGUUUAUGACCGAAUGCGAUGUGGUACCAUUCGUGUUCUGUCAUUCAAAGUAGCAUUGGCUUUAAUGUCAAUGGCAAAUUUAGAUGAGAAAUAUCGAUAUUUAUUCAGUCUGAUAUCUGAUCGUGAUGGUUGUGUAGAUGAGCAACGACUAGGUGCUCUACUGUAUGAAUGCGUACUUAUUCCACGUAAUCUUGGUGAAACUGGACAGUUUGGAAAUGAAGAUUUUAAUCAAUAUGUAAAAACGUGUUUCCAACAAGUCCUUGAAAUUUCAAAGCAUUCGGAUAAAAUAGAUGGAACUUUAACAUAUCAUUCUAAACCUACAGCAAGGAUUGUUCAUUUUUUGACAUGGCUUCGUUUAAAUCCACAAAUGUUGACGUGGUUGCCAUUAUUACAUCGUCUUGCUUUAUCUGAGCAAGUAAUUCAUCACAUACGUUGUAGUGUAUGCCAUAAUCAACCUCUUAUUGGACUUCGAUAUCGUUGUCUACGUUGUCUAAAUUUUGACAUGUGUCAGCAAUGCUUUUUCGCUGGAAGAACAUCUCGAAAUCAUAAGCUUACGCAUCCAAUGCAAGAGUAUUGUAGUCAUUCUACAUCCACAGAUUCAUUUAAAGAUUUUACACGAAUUGUAAGAAAUCGUUUUCGGUCCAGAGAUCGUUUAAAUGACGAAAAUGAACGUCGUAAAAUUAAUAAUGCAAAUGGUCAAAAAGUCAGACGAUCCAGUACAAGUCGUACAAGGUGUAAACGUAAUAGUUUGAAUAGUUUUGAUGAAGAUAAACCUCGUCCAGCACCAACUUACAGUCAAGAUCCAUUCUCUGAUUUUGCAGAAUAUCAAAAUUUAGACACUCCGUUUGUUAAUGAUCAGAAAUGCCCAUAUCGAAAUUCGAUCUCGAAUACACAAUCACCUCAACAUUAUUUUCUAAACGAGACAAGUAAUAAUUACAACAACAAUGAUAAUAAUAAUCAACAUCCUAUUCCAAGUUGUAGACCAUUAUCAAAUGUAGCUAUGCCUUCAAAUCAAUAUUCAAUGCCACCGCGUGCAUCAUCUGAUACUCAAUCGUCAAUGUCUAGACAGAAAAAUAUCAAUACGAACUUAUUUACAACACCACCACCAUUAACAACAACAACUCCAUCACCGCAAACUUUACAAAUCAACUCAAGAUUAAAAGCUGACCUUGACUGUAGUUACAAGCAAACUAGUGAACGUGUAAAUAUUCAACAAUAUCAUGGUGAUAAUGAAGAACAUAAAUUAAUUGCACGUUAUAGUCAAGAAUUAAGACAAUAUAGCGAACCUGAAUUGCCUCAUUUGCAACAAACAUCAGUACUUCAAUCAAUGUCUUGUUCCACUGGUCCGAUGAUCAUGGAAAGAUCUACCAUAUCAGAUGGUAUUUCAACGAAUGUUCCGGGUAUGGAUGUUGAACAAACACAACCGUUUAUUAGUGGACAUCUUAGUUUGGACCGACGUCAAACCGAUCGAGGGGUAAAUUUCCCACCAUUAGGUUUUGGAAAUCCUGCACUACGUGGAUCUUUUUCUGGAUGGACGCCACGUGCUUUAAAUGGUACUUUACGCGUUGACAAUCAAUAUGGCCCAACUGGUCAUUUACCUCAAACAUCCUACCAGACUUCUAUGGGUCAAGACGUUAAUCCAGAUAUAUAUGCACGUCAUAUUCAACGUACAUUUUCACUAAGAGCUAGAUCACAACCUCCACCGGAGAUUCAAGAAACAAUGUGGAAACCUAUCGGUAGCACAAAUAUACUUUCUCGUCCCCCAACCUAUCUUACAAACUAUCCAAUCCAACAAUUACAACAACAGCCCUAUGGACAAAUGCAACAGACUGUCCGAUCACUUGAAGAUGAACAUCGUGCGUUACAGUAUGAAUAUGAUCGUUUAAGACAAAGAUCUACAACUCCAACCAAUAUAUCAGGAUCGUAUGGUACAAUGAAUAGAAUACAAUAUUCACAACAACGAGUCAAUGCUAGAAUACCUCAUCCAAAUCCUUUAUUGUAUCCUCAACCAUUCCAGUCAACAGAAACAGGUCGUGUAAAUAGUAUACAACGAACUAUAACUCCAACUAAUUCACCGUGUAGAACAUUAUCGAUUAAUAGUGGCCACUUUUUAUCAAGUCCAUUGGAUUCAGGCAUUCUACCUUUAUCAGCACAAAAUUUGCCUGGACGGGCUAAUAGUUCUUCUCUUGACCUUGGAUACACUACUACUGACCAGUAUACUACAGAUUCGAUAUCAGCACCAUACAAAUAUCAAGGACAUAUGAAUGAAGCAAUAUUGGUUGGUGGUGUAGCCAAUGAACCACAUCAAGAAUCCCGAUUAUUAUGGGAACAUAAAGGACGUCUUGAAGCUAGAAUGGUAAUGCUUGAAGAACAUAAUCGACAACUGGAACAACAGUUACAACGUCUUCGACAAUAUCUUGUAAGUGGAAAUUCUGCACCUGAUCCCAUUCCAUUACAUAAUACAAAUUCUACAGGAGAAUUCGUUCAUGGGGGAAUCGGCAAUCAAAAUAACGUAAGCAUACGUCAGCGUUCAUCAUCCGGUGGUAUUAAUAAAAACAAUUCCAAAAAUUGUUCAGAAAGUGUUGGUCAAUUAACUGGAACACCUAUGGAAUCAAACCAACAGUAUAAUUCUAACAGACAAAUAGCACAAAGAUCUUAUUCAGAAAGAUCUCCAGAGAAUAUUAAACAUCCACUUCCACAUCGUAUAACUGACGAUAUCAUCACUGAUAUUUCACAACGUAAACCUGAGUUAAGACUAUAG